AUGCCUCCUCCAACGGUGGAAACAGAUGAGGAGUUGCUGGUAGCCAGUUUCGAUGGAUCGGCUAGGAUAAAAAAGAAAGGAGGGUCGUUCAGUGCCGUGAUAUGGAAGUUACCCGAAUGGACGAUCGUGGCGGCCGAAUCGAGAUAUGUUCACGAUCUGACUGUGAAUGAAGCUGAGUAUAAUGGCUUGCUACUGUGCUUUGAGUUACUCGCCGGUCUGGAUAGGGGGCGAGUAAUACUGUGUGGAGAUUCCAGUCUGGUGAUUCGACAGAUGCGCGGUGAGAUCGACUGCAAGGCACCGGGCCUUCAGCUUCUGAGACACAAAGCGUUGGAGAAGCUGCAGUCAUGGCCUAGUCACGAGUUUCUGCAUAUGAAGCGAGAGUGGAAUCAGAGCGCAGAUCGACUAGCCAGCACAGCAUUGCAGAGCGAAAAGGGAAGAACGGUUGUAGCUGAAGAGGAUCGGCAAGAUCUGAUGACUCUGAACCGUCUUGAUGAAUUGUUGAAGCCCAAGCAAGAUGGUCAGCUGGCUCGGGUAACUGAGAUCGCGAGAUCAGCCAGGAGGAUACAUCAUGGACCUGAAGUGAUACAGGAGGAGAUAGUACAGAGGAUCAGGAUUCAACGAAUUGUCCAAGCUCAAGAUGAGGAGCGUUGGAUUGUCAAUCUCAAGACAUAUCUAAGUGGUGAUGUAUCAAACUUGGAUGCGGUAGAAGUGAAGACGUGCGCCAAACUGGCGCCGGAAUACGAGAUCGAUGAGAACAAUCUGCUAUUUUUUUGCCCCACGGCGAAAAGAGAGUCAGAAGAUCGCGAUGGUUUGAUGCGGUUGGUGAUCCCUGAGACGUUGCAGCAGGAUUUUUUGCAUCAUUAUCACACGAGUCUGGAAGGAGGCCAUCAGGGUAUUGGCCGAACCUAUCAGAGGAUCAGAUCGCGAUUUCAUUGGAGAGGACUGUAUCGGAGCGUUCAACGAUAUGUGGGCGAAUGUACCGACUGUGAGACCGGGAAAGGAAACCCGAUGAUUAAUGGGAAAUCCCCGGGCAAUCUACACGCAACCUAUCCAUUCCAGAUCAUCGCCAUGGAUCAUAUACCGUCGUUGACCAAGUCCAUCAAGGGGAACACCGAACUGCUCAUUUGGGUCGACCUUUUCUCGGGAUAUGUGAUUGCAAAGGCUAGCUCCUCUCGGACGGCACAAACAAUAGCGGAGAAUUACGAAGAAUGUGUGUUUCGACGCUUCGGAGCUAGCGAGGCUAUCAGGCACGAUCGAGAACCGGGAUUUAUGUCCGACUUCUUUCGAGCCUUCAGUCGGAUCGUAGGACAAAAACAGCGUGCUACUAUGGCUUACAGGCCACAAGCAAAUGGAACAGUCGAACGAAUGGUGCAAACCCUGACACAUUCGCUCAAGAUGUACGUGGCUGAAGUUGACCAGCGAGACUGGGAUGAGUAUGCUGAGCGGCUCACAUUUGCCAUUAACACUGCACAAGAUUGGAUCCGGGGGGAUACCCCAUUUUAUCUGAUUCAUGGGUGGGACCCGCGAUCGACUUUGGAGGCUACGCUACCAGUGGGGAAUACGGGGACACGAGAUCGCGAUCCAAAGAGGUGGAGAUACAAAAUCCAAAGACAAUACCUGCGAGCCCGAUCUGCAGUGAACGAUCGUUUACAAGCCGCGAUCCAGGAGCGAGCGGAUCGACACAACGAAGAUCUGGAACCACACGAGAUCGAAGUAGGAGCGCAAGUUUGGCUAUACCUGGACCGAGUUAAAGAAGGAUAUGCGAAGAAGCUAGCGCACAUGUGGCAUGGGCCAUUCCGAGUUGCGGACGUAUGUGGAGAUCAUGCUGUAAAAUUGGAGAUCGCUGGAACCCCAUAUCGGUUAUUUCCGAUUGUACAUAUAUCGAAGCUAAAAAAGGUAAAGAAGUUCCCUGAACGCCCGAAGGAUCAGCUUACGAUAGAGGAAUCAGAUCGCUUGGAUUUCGAUGAAGCUCUGCUGCCGGAAGACAGUUGGGAUGGCGAUCUUGAAGAAGGGGAAUACGAAGUGGAGGCAAUAUUGGACGUGCGAUCUGGUAGAAAAACCCGUUAUUGGCGAGUACACCGGCAGUUUCUGGUGAAGUGGAAGGGAUAUCCCGAUCUAAGUUGGGUGGACGAGGCCGAUCUACGUUGUGGGGCGAUCUUGCAAGAGUUUGAGCGGAACCGAGUGAGUCGAAACCGUUUCGACGUAAUGCAGUCUCAUGAAGGCAAGUCGGACGAACCUUAA